UUUCUGCCAGCUCGUCGCCUUGGGUAAGACAACUUCAUACUAUUUUCACAGGACAAAACUCGCUUAAGAAUUGCUUCCCUUUAAUUAACUUUACUAUUCACCGAGUGCACGCCACGUGGUUGACAUCAACACUUACAAGAUGGCCAAAAGUGUUAAGAGUAAACAAAAGGUAAAGAUACGGAAUGAAAAACGGAAACGCUACUAUGUUCGAGAAUUAAACAAUUUGAAGAAAUUGGUUGAAGAACGAGAGGCUCGCAGGACUGUUGGAGAUAUUGUCAAUUGGAACAACACUCCAGAAGUUUUGGCAAAGCUAGAUGGAAAACUAGAAACUGAUGACAAAAAACUAAAAAAACCUUGUGAAGGAAUGGACACUUGUGAGAAAGCACCAAAAGUUUAUGGCAAAAAUCUUAGAGACAAAGACGGAAACUAUCCAGAAUGGAUGAAUAAUAAGCAAAAACAUAAACAAAAAUUAAGAAACAAAAGGAUGAAAGCAAGGAAAAUGAAAAAUAAAAAAAGAAUUAAAUAGUUAAAAAAAAAUUUUUGAUGUAAAUUAGUUUUUAUUUGCUCUUUUGUGUCAUCUAACUUUGUAUUAUUAUUCAUUGCAUAAAUAUACCAGAUUAUUAAUAACUUCCACAUGAUUUAAGGGGCAAAAACAGAGAGAAAGAGACGUGAUUUUUUAACAAUGUUGCUGUUAACUUGGGUGAUGUUUUAAAUUAUCUAGAAUAUGUUGAAACCAGUUUAUAAGAGAAAAUAUAUGGAUUGUGAAGAUGAGGUGGUCAAGUGAUAUUGUCUACUCCCUACUACAAACCACUCCAAAAAUGAACUCCCUAGAUUGGAAAAGCAAUCAGUUUGAAACAAUUUCCAGAUUAGUAUCCCAAAUUAUCUAAAAUAAUAAUAAUUUGGAAAUGUGUAGACCAUUCCAGACUAAAUAAAACA